UACCGGAAAUACAUAAUUAAUAGCUUUAAAGAUAAAACGCUACAUCAUUGGGCGUCUAUGUGUGUAUUUAAUUUGAAAUUCACAACCGGAAAUGGUCUACUUCCUGACUCUACCUUAACACUGGCUGCCUGUGAGUUGCUGCUGCUUCCCAUCCGUGUGAAAAAUGUUAUCCGCUAUUCUGCGUCGCAGUCGUGGCCGCUACUUUCACCUCGAAAACCAAACGGCAGCAUUUUUUCAGCGUAUUUAAACACCCGGCAAGACUUUACAAGGUUGUGUGAGCCAUGAUCUGAGUUGUCUGCAUUUUCUCUGUGGAUGUAGACUCGUCCUCCUACAUGCUGCACUCACACACAUCAAUCAUGUCUCAGUCUGAAUCCUGUUCGACUGUGUGGGACUGGUUAUGUGUUCUUCGUCUGGAGCAGUAUUCAGAAGCAUUUCGGAGUGCCGGGCUGGCAACGUUACAACAAUGUCACCACCUCACACCAGAUCAGCUGGAGCGGAUGGGAAUCACCUUGCCGGGUCACCAGAGACGCAUCCUGGCUAGCCUCAACAAAACACAUGUUAACAGUGACACACCCUCUGAUACACACACUCAGCUAGCACAGUCUGAGAGAGAUCAGAGAUUGGAGGAACCGGGACAUGCCAAAGUAUUGCUUAGAGAAAGACCCGUGCCUGUCCCAGUGGAAGAAAAACCUGUCCUUAAGGAAAGGGAGCAAAGCGAUGGAAAGAGACCUACACCCAGGGAAAGGGAAAAACCUGUACCCAGGGAGAGACAAGUGCCCAGGAUGAAUGAGGACAGUGGAGAAGAAGGAGAAAAGAAGCCAGUUCCUGGACAAAGACAAACAGCACCUAAAGGAGGAAAAGAAGAAGAGAGGGAUGGAGGUAUAGAUGGAGAGAGGGAGAGGCCUGUGCCUAAAGAGAGGACUAAGUUUCGCUCUAGUGCUACAGUGGAGUGUGACCACAACCUACUUGUCUCUCCAUCUUCUGACACCUCUUUACCCCCUGUGCCUCCACGAAGCACCCCCAACUGCCCUCCACAACGAUUCACCUCUCCCCUGAGCCCCUCACCUCCUCCUCGAGCCCCCGCCUCCCCAAAACUGGACAGACAUGCAGUUAAAGCCCCGGCAGUACAGAGCCGAUCUGGUUCCCAGGGUUCCACCCCAACCAGCACCCCUGCCCAUACCCCCACACAUGCACCACUGCAGCCUCCCAGCUUCCCCUCCGCCCUACCUCGGCCUCAGACAUUAGUCAUUCAGCCACCUACCCACCACCUGAGUGGCGAUGAAGGAAAAGCUUCAACCGUCUCCCCCACUGCUUCCCACAGCGAUGAAAUAAAUGCUCCACCUCUCCCCCCAAAAGCAGGGGUGUUACCUAAAGGCCCUCCACCAGUCCCACAACGGUUCCCUGUACAGUCACCGAGAACUCACAGCCCCUCUCCCACCAAGACUGUCGCUGAUGAGAUCCAGAAAGAACAAACUCCACAGGUCCCACCUCGCAUCAGGACACCCCAAACUCUAGAAGAUGCACAGCAGUCAGCUCAACCUGAAGCUCAGCCAGCUCUGCCUGUGAGAAGAGUCCCCCCACCACCUGAGCCCAGGUUGGAUUCACUCGAUGACAAUUCUGAUGACUACGAGGAGCCAGACUUGUUUUACCCCAGUGUUCAUCGAAUGAAUGCACCAGACAGGGAUAUGACCCUGCAAGUGCCCCGUAUAGCAAAGGGACGGUACAGUUCUUUGUGCAGUGAUGAUGAGCUGUUGGAUGAUGAUGAAGGUUCAACCCAGUGGGAGGACAGCGACAUCAGUAGUCAGCAAGGAAGUAUCUACCUGCCAAAAAAUGGCAGACUGGCUCCAGCUACUAAAGACGACAGCUCUCAGCUUGCUGCUGUCAUCAAGAUGGGCUGGCUGGACAAGAAUCCACCUCAGGGGGCCCUUUAUUAUCAGAGACGAUGGGUGAAGCUGGAUGUCGACUACCUGAGAUACUUUGACAAUGACAAGGAGGUGUAUUCUAAGGGGAUCAUCUCUACUGCCUUCAUCACUAAUGUGACCAGUGUGGGAGAGCUGAAGUUUGAGGUCGUCACAAACAACCGAACAUUUAUCUUCAGGGCUGAAAAUGAAGUUGAACGAAAUGACUGGGUGGCAGUACUGCAGGACUGCACCAGAGGGCGCCAACGACGCAGCACCAUAAACCCUUACUCACCUUUGACCCCAGAGUAUCAGGGCUAUCUGGAGCUCAGAGGGCUACGUUCCAAACUUUAUACUGUUGUCGCCUCAGAUAAAGUCUUUCUCUACAAAAACAUGGAGGAUUUUCGUAUAGGACUGGGAAUCACAUCCAUUGAGAUGAAUGUAGGAAAUAUUAAAGAGACAGAUCGUCGUGGCUUUGAUCUCACCACACCCUACCGCAUCUUCAGUUUCAUCGCGGAGUCAGAGCAGCUGCGAGAGCAGUGGGUGGACGCCAUGAGGGAUGCGAUAGGUGAGGCGCUGUCGAAUAGUGAGGUGGCAGAGCGGAUCUGGGCGGAGCCUAGCAACAGCCUCUGCGCUGACUGUGAAGCUCCCAAGCCGGAGUGGGCUGCCAUCAACUUGUGUGUGGUGCUCUGCAAACGAUGCGCAGGAGAGCACAGAGGGCUGGGUCCUAGCAUCUCAAAGGUCCGUAGUCUGAAGAUGGACAGGAAAGUCUGGACAGAGGAGCUUAUACAGUUGUUCUUGUUGCUGGGCAAUGAGCGGGUAAACAGUUUCUGGGCAGCUAACGUCCCGCCAAGUGAAGCUUUGACAACCUCUAGCUGCAGCGACGAGAGACGGCGAUUCAUCACGAACAAAUACCGCCAGGGCAAAUACAGGAAGUACCACCCUCUGUACGGAAAUCAGAAAGAGCUCAACAAUGCUCUUUGUAUUAAUGUGCAGUGCAGUGAUGUGCUGGAGACGUUGAGCCUGAUUUUCUGCGGUGCAGAUGUAAAUUGUUCAACUGGUAUGGCAAGUUGGCCCUCUGUACUCUCCCUGGCCAACGCACAUUCUCAACCCUUACAGGCGGAGUUCAUUAGCCACAAUCUCAACACAGAGCUACCACGGUCAGAGGUGGUCGGAGGCAUGGAGGCGGUACAUUACUCAGCACCACCUUGUGUGUCUCAUAAUAGCUUCCUGUUCAAGACUGCAUCAAUGGGUCGGGCUAUCACAGAGCGCAAGACCAGAGAGGAGUUCAGUCGCCGCUGGUGCGUGCUGAAUGAUGGCACCUUCAGCUACUACGAGAGUGACAAGAACUCGAACCCUAACGGAGCUCUGAAGGCUUCAGAGAUUGUCUGUUUGGCUGUCGACCCACCUGAGAGACAUGGGUAUGAGCACACCUUUGAACUCUACUCAGAGUCGGAGCGUCUCUAUCUGUUUGGCACUGAUGACCCAGACAGCCACAAGGAAUGGGUCAAGUCUAUUGCCAAGACCUUCAUCCCGGCCUCUGCAGAGCCGUUACUGAGGCUGGCUUUUGUUCGGAUCGGGAAGCUGAAGUGUAAAGACGGCUUGAACCUACAAACAUCCAAGGUUGGUUGGUUUGCUCUAGUGGGCUCCACACUCCACGCCUACCUUGAGAACAACCAAGGAGAGGAGAUCCACCUCCGCAAACUGAAUGAACUCUCGAUUCAACAAGACAAUGAGGUGCUGGUCCUGGUGGAGAGAGGCAGAACUCUGUACAUAGAGGGAGAGAGGAAGUUGGACUUUGCAGGCUGGUGUGCGGCCAUCCAGGCAGCAGCAGGAAGUGGAGGAGACACACUGAGCCAGCAGCAGCUGACAGAGACAGACAUACCUGUCAUAGUUCACAGCUGUAUCGGCUACAUCACACAGUGUGGCUUGACCUCUGAGGGAAUAUACCGUAAGAGCGGUGUGAACUCCCGUGUGGCAGCACUGUGCGAGAGAUUCCGUCGUGAUGCCCGAAGCCUUCGUUUGAGGGAAGGAGAGCACCAGGUGGACGACGUCUCCAACACACUCAAACGCUUCUUCAGGGAGUUAAAGGAGGGACUGUUCACGUCAGAGGACUCCAGCACCUGGCUCAGCACUGCAUCCAUUCAGGAAGAAAGCAACAAAAUCUCUCAGUACAAGAUGCUGUUGAACAGACUGCCUCGUGUCAACAAGGCGACACUACAAGCCCUUAUCAACCACCUCUACUGUGUGCAGCGUUUCUCUGAGCUGAACCAGAUGAACCUCCAUAACUUGGCCAUCGUGUUCGGCCCCACACUGUUUCAGACCGACGGGAAAGACUUCACUGCUGGCCGUGCCAUAGAGGACCUCAUACAGCACUACACGCUCAUCUUUGAGGUGGAAGAGCAACAGCUAAAGAAGCAGCUGGAAGAGAUCACUGUUAUCAUCCAAGUGCGAGAGAAACUCAACACCAAGUUUCCUAGUACUGAACCUGGAGGGCAUUUCAUCUGUACAGUGUAUCUGGAAGAAAAGAAAGAGACAGCAGAGCAACAUGUCAAGAUCCCUGGUUCUAUGACAGCAGCAGAGCUGACCUGUGAGGUCCUGGACCGACGUAACAUCGCAGUUAAAGACAAAGAGUACUGGAACUGCUGGGAGGUCAGCGACAAAGAAGAAAUGGAACGUCCGCUGCACUAUCAGGAGCGAGUCUUACCCAUCCUUCACUCCUUUGGCACCGACUCCCAUCUGCUCAUCAAGAAACACCUCGCUAUGGAGGCCAUGAUGGUCUACCUAGCCAGUAAAGGGGAUGCAUCCAAGCACGGGAUGAUGAAAUUCAGAGAAGAGCGUAGCAUCUUGGGACUCUCCACUGGAAACUUCCACGACCGAUAUUUCAUCCUCAAUUCCAGCUCUCUCAGAAUGUACAAGGAAGUCAGAAGUAACCGUCCAGAACGUGAUUGGUCAGUGAAAAACCUGAAGGUCUACCUGGGUAUUAAGAAGAAGCUCCGUGCUCCCACAUGCUGGGGACUCACGGUGCUUUAUGAGAGCAAGAAACAAGAGAAGCCAGAGAAACAGCAGUGGUAUCUCUGCUGUGACACCCAGUCAGAAAUGAGGGAGUGGUAUGCUACUUUUCUCAGUAUCCAGUACGACGGCAACGUGUGGCCUCAGGAUGGACUCAAGCAGACACGAGUGAGCCGUGUGCUGCCAGAUGCACGUCAUGGUAAUGUGUCACUGAUACCGCUGCGUGGCAGUGAGAAUGAGAUGCGGAACAGCGUGGCAGCUUUCAGCCAAGACCCGCUUGCUCUCUUUAGAGAUGUUCGAUAAUGGUCGCUGCAGGAAAGGGCGGACAGCCGACCUCAGAUGACCUCUGAACAUUCCAGUGACAUCAUCAACUGUAACUGUAAAGGCCAGAAUGGUGGACACUCAUACUGUAUGUGGAUUAUGGCCUUACAUUGCCAUCUGCUCCUUUGAAUAUGAACUGGACCAAAACUUAAACAGACAAACAGGAUCACAUGAUAAAUAUAAGCGACACUGGGCUCCCCGCACAAAUGAAUCUGACUUGACUUGAUGUACAGGAGGAGCAGCUGGGAGCUGCGGCUGUGACUACAAUCACUCACUUUGAUGUGCGACAAGUCUGCCCAAUGUUCCACUGUUUCCAUUGGUCAGUGGCAUGUGACUCAAUCAUGGCAUUGCAUUAUGGGACGAAAGCGUGCAAGACAUGCUGAGAGAAACUUAAAUUUUUUAAAUGUAUUUCAGAAAAGACUUGGGGGUAUAAGAGGCACUAGCAUUGAGUGCUUAACAUUUUUUUUUUUAAAUAGAAGAUAGAAGUUUGAUAAAAACUUUUGGCAAAAUCUGAUUUUAUAGUUUUGUGAUGUUUUCAACUCUCUUUCUCUACUCUCUUUCUGCUCAAUGAAUUGAACGGGAUAAUCCUGCAGUUCAAAACUGAAUAAUUGCUAUUGUAAGUAAGAGACGGGGGCCUGGCUCUGUCCAGAGUCUGGGACUGAGAGGAAAAGCUGAGAGAUGACAGGUGAUGGAUCCGUGUCUGUUACUCCGCAGGACAUUUGCCUGUAAAAUGCGAAACCUUGGUCAGAGUUGCAUUCAUGUGCUGGUGUCCAUUUCUCUGCUUAUGUGCACCAGAAUGUGUGAAUAUGUGUACAUGUGUUAAUGAGUGGGCAAGUGCCUUUUAUCUGUAACAUUUUCUAAGAAGAACAUAUCAAUAAUGCAAUAUAAGGGGAUUCAUAGUGAAUUAUGAUGCAUUUAUAACACUCAUAAACACAUCACAAAGGCAUUAUGAAUGCAUUAUAAUUCACUAUAGAUUAGGUCUUCAUAGAACGUGUUACCAUUUUAUCUUGUAUGAAAUUUGUCCUUUUUGGGGAGUGAAGGAACGAGAGGUAUGUGCUGAAGAACAAUACACAUUUUCUUAAGAUUAAAAGGAGGAAGGUCACAGUUGAGGGCAAAAUGGCCUUUGCCAAACACUGUUGGAAUAUAUGAUGAAGUAAGAUAAUCUUUUGAUUUACUGUUGUCCUCUAUUCUGAAUAAAGCACCUUAACUGGGUCACAUUUCAAACCAUAGUCACAUGUUCAAAACAAUGUUUUUGCUCUGGCCUGAUCAGUCCUCUUCUUAUCCCCCCCUCAGUCCUCAGCACUGCCUCCUCCCCUCUCUCUUUCGCCCUUUCUGAAUCAUGUGAUGCUUAGAUAUACAGUAUAUGUACAUACAUGGGCAGUUUUGUCAUUAACCAGCAGUAUUUAUGAAGUUUUAGAUUAUGAAUUAGCCACAUUGGAAUUAACAUGUCUUUUGUUGUUUUGUUAUGCACAUCUUAGAAUCUGUGCAACAGUUUAUUAUUAUUAUUAUUAUUAUUAUAGUUUGUUCAUAAAACAGGGUGCAGAAGUUCCGUUGAAAUAUAUGUAUGCACAAGAAACAAAUUAAAGUGCAUUAUAAUCUUCUAUCAUUUCCACUUGGGUCAAAACUUGUAUAUAUUUUGUCAAAACAAGAGCCAUGAAAACAAUAUGUCUUAACUGUAUUAACCUGUCACAGUUGCCUUAUGAACUGUCCAUCAUUCCAUCUUCACCGCCUUGUCGUGCUGCGUGUAUGUGUGUGUGCUCCACCUGUAGGAGUCCCCUGUUGUACGGAUGUUUUUUCUUAAUUUAUUUGGACAGCAUAGGACGCUAGAUGCUGUCCUGUAGAGAUCUCAUCAUAACGUUCAGUUAAAUGCUCGUUUUUAACUCCUAUUAAUCACACUUUGUAUGACAAAUGAGUCCAGAGUAGAAUCCACUCCCCCCCUCCCAUGUACUUUAGUUGUUUUCAACAUUGAAUCACACAAUUUAAUAGUUUGAAAGUAUUCAAUCCUAUUAAAUCAGCUUCUAUUUCACCAUGGACUUGAGUUUGGAGACAGUGACGUGUGACAAACUUAUGACAUUCAUUGCGUUAACUAUUAAAAAACCUCACCAGACUGGACAGUAUAACUCUUUGUUUCACACUCUUCUUUAUAUCCUCUGGCAAACAUUUUUAAGUUUGUGCCCUUUUCACAAAGUCAGCUGUUCAAGGCAGCUUUCCAAUUUUCACAUUUUCUUUCCAUUUAUUUCAUGAUGAGACCUUUGUAGAUACAGGGUUUUCUUUCCCCCACAAGUUAGUUUUCUCACCUUGGACACUUGCAAAUGACUUUGACUAGACACACACACAGACUGUGACUUCUGAAAACACUUGGUUGCAGCUAUGAACUUCAGUCAUUAUUUUAUGUUUUAUAUUUAAAAUAAACAACUAAUUUGGAUUAGUUGGAGCAAUGCAAUGCAAGUCAGCAUGUUUUUCUGGCUAUUCUGACUCACAUUCGUCUGUGCAGCAUAUAUACUGUAUGUGCAAGAGGGUCAAAGAUCAAGGUGCAAUGGCAUUAUGAAGAAAUUGAAUAUACCACUGUAUGCAACAGUACAUACUUUGUGAGUGCAGCUGUAGUACGAAGUAGAAGUAAAAGUAAAAAGAACUUUAGCAAACAAGUCAGAUUCUCUAUAAAAACUUUACUGAGCUGAUGCUGUAUUCAGAGAAACACAGCAUAUGAAAGUGAAUGUUGAGUGGAUAGUAAGAAACUUUAUUAAUUCACUUAUUGCAUAUCAAUUUUUUGCACACAUAAUUUGUAAUAUGGUACAGGCUUUACCAUGUUGCGCUCCACAUAGAGUGACCUAGAUUAAUUACAAGAGUUAAUUAUUAGCAUUAACCCUGAUAACAUGUCAGGGAAAGCAAUAUUUUUGUGAUUUUAGGCAAUGUGUUUUCAAAUGCACUGAGCAUUUUCAUACAACACAUCUAUUCACCAUCUAUGUUGUUUCACAUUAUUACUGAAAGCUCAUGAACACAGUGAAGUUGCAACUCAGGAAAAGGGGCUGUUCAAGGAGCACAUGAAUGCAGCAUUUUCACAUUAACUCCUGUCUAAACCUCAUCAGUGGCUCAAUGUAGUAAAACAAAAAAGUAAAAAAGGGUCCAACAGGCAGUGGUGAAUACUUUUAAACAGUGUAUAAUCUCUCUCUUCCUCUUUUCUUAUGCUGUUAUUCUGCAUUUUACUGAUUUUGCAUCUCUGAAACUCUAAUAAACACAUUCAGCUGGUU